AUGGCAGAUCACGAUCGUAGACAAGGAGGUGGUAAUAAUGGUGGCGGCGGCGGCGGUUACAAUCGCAAGCGUCGCUUCAGAGACGACGAUGAUUACGACCGUCGCCAGCAGCGCCGAAGAUACAACGAGCCUCCGCCUGCUCACUUUCGCAUUCGCAGACAACUAUUGAGCCUGGCCGAAUCACCGCUUAGAAGAUGGCACGAAGAGGUUCAAUCGACGGCGCGACUUGUUGCCGACAAUUAUGACAAGGAAGAGAUGAAGACCAACUUCUUGGACUUGUCAGCGCAGUUGGUCAUUGAGCAGCCGCUCAAGACUCCGUUCGUCGCUGCCGUUGUUCAAGUCGCCAAUGCAUUGAGACCCGAGGUCGCGGCAGAUGUCUUGGCCAAGAUCGCACCCUUGACCGAGGAACAGAUCAAGAUUGGCGAUUGGCGCAACGUCAAGCUCUACCUCAAGUUUCUUGCCUGUCUGCAGAGCUGUCUAGAAGGCGACGGCCUGUUUCCGGUUUUGGAAGAGCUCUUCAACCGAGCAGGAGAACUACAGACGAGCAGCUCGGACGACACAAUUGGUACAGAGCUUGUCAAGAUCAUCCUCCUGACCAUCCCUUACAUGAUGGCUUCUGCACCGGGGCAAGGACACCAAAAGGCUGCCGAACUCAUGGACAAGACAGAUGUUAUUGCUUCUGAGCCGCACGCGCUGCAAGUCUUGAUCGAUCCUUACCAUCCAGACAGUGACGAGGAAAGCCCAGCUGCUAAUUCGAGCUUGAUCGGGCUCCUCCAAAAGCAGCUACAGAAUGAGGCCAAUGACGGCUGGCAAUUGUCGUGCUUGCCUCGUCCAUGGAAGCUGCCCCUCGAGGAGAUUGAGCUCCAGGAAAAGAUGGAUACUGCCCAAAAGCACGCUCUGCCCGCAAUCACCAUCCCCGAGACCGUUGUCGCAGGCCCCCGACCAUUGUUUCCCGAGGUCUACUUUUCCGUCUAUAUGAACCAGGACGUCGAGUCGGUCCCGCCGCUUACUAACAUUGCAGCGUCCCUGGUGCGAGACGGAUUGCUUGACACGAUCAACAUUCUUGACUUUAAUCGCAAUGUCACAGCACGGUAUCUGAUAGAUGUAGAUUGUUAUUUUGCCGAUGGCACGUUCAUCAAGCGUGCGACCCCCUUUGAUCGAUUGCGGGACAUCGACAACGGACGCUCGACUUGGAAGCCUGAGGAUGUUGCCGUCGAUGCAGUCUUUUCCCAGCUCUUCCAAUUACCAACACCCGAGCAUAAACUGGUAUACUACCACUCUGUUCUGACAGAGGCCUGCAAGAUUGCACCCGCCGCUAUUGCGCCUAGUCUCGGCCGAGCAAUUCGCUACGCCUACCAAAACAUCCAUCGCUUGGAUCUCGAGUUGACCUACCGUUUCCUUGACUGGUUUACUCACCAUCUCAGCAAUUUUGGCUUCAUGUGGAAGUGGGCUGAAUGGGCUGAUGAUGUAGAGAAGUCCGAUAUCCACCCGGGCAAGUCCUUCAUCAUUGGAGCUCUUGACAAGGAGAUUCGUCUCAGCUUUGCACAAAGAAUCAAGGGCACUCUUCCAGAAGAGUAUCAGGUACUCAUUGGUCCUGAAAAGGAGCAGGACACUCCUGAUUUCAAGUUCAACGACGACCACACACCCUUCUCGGCAGAGGGCAAGGAGCUAGCGAGUCUGCUAAAGAAAAAGUCGCCCGAUGAGGAAGUCCAGCCUGUGAUUGAUCGUAUACACUCUGGAGCUCUCGAGCACGCGAUCGACCCUCUGGUUACGAGCACUGACGUUUUUGUAACUGCAGUCUGCUGGGUUGGAUCUAAAUCUCUCUCUCAUGUUCUUGCCGCCAUUGAGAGAACCAAGGAUCGUCUCUUGGAUAUCGGUGCCGCUUCCGAGGCUGCCCGUCAGCAAAUCAUCACUUCCGUCAUGGAAUACUGGUCAGCUCAUCCAGGUAUUGCCAUUAGUAUUGUGGAGAAGCUUCUAAACUACUCCAUCAUUACUCCUGCCGCCGUGAUUGACUGGGCACUAGUCAGUGGCAAGGCCGGAUCGGGCGGUGACGCGCUGGCCAAGAGUUGGGUCUUUGAAUUGGUAUUCCAGACUGUGAUCAAGGUGACAGGUCGGAUUCACCAAUUGGCAAGCGCUGAAGCAGAGAAUGGCGCUGCCGAGUCAGAGACAACUGCCAUGCGUGAGCUCUUCAAGGCCAUGGAGGAUGCUUUAGUCAGCUGGGCUCAAGGUUCCAAGGACCAAAUGUUGGAUCCUGCCGAGCCCAUGGAUGGUGUAGAAAACCGUGAGAAGACUAUACAGCGAUGGGGCCAGAGAUGGUUGCGCGUGUUCAGGCGCCGGUCUGCGAUCGAAGAAGCAUAUCUGCAAGCAGGAACCCAGUAG